CGUCGCCUUUCCCCCCAAGAAGAAGCUUCCAAGCUACACCACCAGUCAGCUGAGAGCCCUCACUCUUGCUUCUGUUACACUCCCUUAAUACUAAGGCACCAUGGUGGCAACCCGCAAGGUUAUCAUCGGAGUGGGUGUCCUCGUGGUCAUCGGCGUCAUCGUCGGCAUCAUCGUGGCUGUCACGGGUGGCAGCGACGACAACGACGCCAAUACAAGCAGCGGCGAGACCACGUCCAGCAGCUCCGGCUCGGGCAAGGGAGCGUCCUCUAGCAAAAAAUCGAGCAAUGUGUCCGAAUCGGACCUACUAACCAAUUCGACAGCCAGUGGCAGUGGCUCGGGCAACAAGGAGCCUGACAGUGACCCCGAAAAGGCCAAGGCAGCACUAACUAUGCUCGCUAUCGGUGACUGGGGUGCCACGACCGACAAGCCCGGCUCGUGCUGCAACAAGUACCGUAAAGUAGCCAACGACUCGCUUGAGAUGAAGAUCGACUAUUGGGCCCAGAUCAACAUUGCUGAGAUCUUGGCUAAAGCCGCCGGUGACAUCAAGCCGUCGCGUAUCAUUGGCCACGGCGACAACAUUUACUGGAACGGUGCCGGUCCGGACGACAUUGACUACCGUAUGGAGUCCACAUUCGAGAGUGUGUACGACCAGCCGGAGCUCGAGGGAAUCCCAUGGAUCAACGUUGUGGGCAACCACGAUCUUGGUGGCUCUGAGUACAUUUGCGGUGACAAGGACUACAACUUCCGUGAGUGCGAGAGCACCGAUGAGAUGCUCAAGUACUUGAACCUCAAGUUCUCUUUGCAACAGGAGUACAAGAGUGCCAACAGUGACCGUUGGAAACUCUCGGACCACUACUAUGUUGAGAGUGUCGAGGAGAACGGCGUGUCGGUUGAUAUCUUCAAUAUCGACACGAACUAUGCUGACUCGCACGGUGUCAUGCAGAUCUGUUGCCAAUGCUACGGAUACGUGAAGAAGCAGAAACUGAGCGAAGCGGAGGCAAAGAAACUUGGCAACACAUGCAAUGAUCGCACCCCUGGUGACGAGCUGUGUGCUGGUGGCAGCACCGAGAUGUACAAUGCCUGUGCUGAUACCAUCAAAAAGUGGUGGGACGACUCUCUUGAGCAGGUCAAGAAGGACUUGGAGGCGUCCACUGCGACAUGGAAGAUCAUCAACUCGCACUACUCUCCACACUUCCACAUGAGCGAAGACAAGAUGAAGGAGUGGUUCAUGAUCACCAAGGAAUAUGGCGCUCAUGCCUGGUUCAACGGCCACACGCACGGCUUCAACCACGACAUCAGUAACUGGGGCACUCACUUCUACGAGAACGGCGGUGGCGGCGGCAUCCAGUCCGAGACGUCGGGUCUGCCGCCUGAGGUUGCCGAGAAGUACGUGGAGCACGCGUGGAUUGCCGCUGGUAACCCGUACGGUUUCUUCAUGUUGCACUUCUCCGAGGACUGGAUGAAGACCGAGUUCGUGACAUUCGAUGACGCGUGGACGUUCAGUGUCAAGAAGGACGAGAUCGUCAAGGGAGGAUACCAGAAGGGCCACUGCUGGCAUGUACCUGUCACCGUCGGUGCCGGUAAGGAGUGCACGUCGAGCAAGAGCACAGUAUAAACUCGCUUAAUUUUUCUCCUUUUUCCAGACACAUCUAGGAGCUGUAAAUAUAUGUAGACUUUCUACGUCUCA